GUCCACCCGGUGAGAAGCAACCUGUCCGUGCUGCCCGCUCUCUGCUCCCCUGUGUGCGGACACCACCCUCCGGCUUCGAGUAGAGGUUGUGUGGGCGCCUCCUCUCCGGCCGUCGCUGCGCUCCGACAACACGGACCACGGGGGGACGAGCCAACGGUUAGCUGAGUAGGGAAGUGGGCUCCGCGCUCCCUCUCAUCGCGCAGGGAGGAAGACGGCUCACUCGACGAAACAGAAGCUACAACUCAAAAUUGGCAUAUUGGUCUGAACAUCAUUUUCAAAGACAGGCUUUUAACAACGAUCCUUUAAGGAACAUUUCUAUCGGACAUUUUAAGAGAUGCUCCCAGCCGCCCAGCUUGACAAGAGUGAUGGGAUGUGUCAACUAGCAGAUGACGCAGUCCUGGACGAUGUAAUCGGACUGAAGACUUCAUCUGCAUUGUUCACACCAGAGCGAGAUCCAGGCGGGACAAAGAUAGAGGAGGAGGACGAGGACGACAUUGAAUACACAAGGAUGGGCGUGGGGAAAAACACCACCUCCAAGACGAUGGACGGCAGCAGCGAGGGAGGGAAAUAUGAAGAGGAGGGAAAACAUGGAGCUGAUUUCUACCCUAUUCCGGUGGUGGUCAACGGAGUUGGUGGUGCAUGUGGAGACCAGGACACUGAGAAUACAGAGCUGAUGGCGAUAUACAGUAAAGAUAAUCAGGCCGCUGAAAAGAGCUCGAUGUCUGAGACGCUGGACAGCACAGACAGUAUUGAUGCAAGGAGGAUGGAUAUGAUCUACACCAUUGAGGACACCCCACCCUGGUACCUCUGUGUGUUCCUGGGCAUGCAGCACUACUUGACGUGUUUCAGUGGGACGAUCGCGGUGCCGUUCCUCCUUGCUGAGGCGAUGUGCGUUGGAUUCGAUCAGUGGGCCACCAGUCAGCUCAUAGGGACCAUCUUCUUCUGUGUGGGGAUCACCACCCUGCUACAGACCACACUGGGCUGCAGGUUGCCUUUGUUCCAAGCCAGCGCUUUUGCCUUCCUCGCACCAGCCAGAGCCAUCCUAUCGCUGGACAAGUGGAAGUGUAACAGUACAGAUGUUCCCAUGUUUAACAGCACAGAGCUCCUCAACACAGAGGAGAUCUGGCACCCCAGGAUACGAGAGAUCCAGGGGGCCAUCAUCGUGUCCUCCCUGAUCGAAGUGUGUAUUGGAGCACUGGGUCUUCCCGGGCUCCUGCUGAAGUACAUCGGGCCCCUGACCAUCACCCCCACUGUGACCCUCAUCGGCCUGUCUGGUUUCCAGGCCGCAGGCGAGAGGGCUGGGAAACACUGGGGAGUAGCUAUGCUGACUAUCUUCUUGGUGCUGCUCUUCUCUCAAUAUGCCAGAAACGUUCAGUUCCCUCUCCCAGUCUACAAAGCCAAGAAAGGCUGGACGACCUAUAAACUUCAAGUCUUCAAAAUGUUUCCUAUCAUCAUGGCCAUUCUGGUGUCAUGGCUGUUGUGCUUCAUUUUCACCGUGACUGACGUUUUCCCGCCGGAGAAGGACAAGUACGGUUUCUACGCCCGCACAGAUGCACGACAAGGAAUCAUCCAGGCCGCUCCGUGGUUUAAGAUCCCAUAUCCCUUCCAGUGGGGUUUUCCAACUGUAACCGUGGCAGGGGUGAUCGGUAUGAUGAGCGCUGUGGUGGCCAGCAUCAUCGAGUCGAUUGGAGAUUACUAUGCCUGCGCUCGACUCUCCUGCGCUCCUCCACCUCCCGUCCAUGCCAUCAACAGGGGGAUAUUCAUGGAGGGUGUUUCCUGUGUGCUCGAUGGGCUUUUUGGCACCGGAAAUGGUUCCACCUCCUCCAGUCCAAAUAUAGGUGUCCUGGGAAUCACAAAGGUGGGCAGCAGACGUGUGAUCCAGUACGGAGCUGCCAUGAUGCUGCUGCUGGGCAUGGUGGGUAAAUUCAGCGCCCUGUUCGCCUCUCUGCCUGACCCUGUCCUGGGAGCUCUGUUCUGCACCUUGUUCGGUAUGAUCACUGCAGUGGGACUCUCCAACCUGCAGUUUGUGGACCUCAACUCCUCCAGGAACCUCUUUGUCCUGGGCUUCUCCAUUUUCUUCGGUCUGAUGCUGCCGAGCUACCUUAAAAAGAACCCGCUGGUCACAGGCAUUGUUGAGGUUGACCAAGUGCUGAACGUGCUCCUCACAACAGCCAUGUUUGUUGGAGGCUCCGUUGCCUUCGUUUUGGACAACACUAUCCCUGGUACCCUUGAAGAACGAGGCGUCAAGAAGCUGAAGCUCGGCUCUGGUCUCAGCACAGCAGAACUGGAAGGAUUGAGAUCUUAUGACCUGCCAUUUGGAAUGGACUUCAUUCGCAGACACCCCGUCUUCAAGUACCUCCCCAUCAGCCCCACAUUCACAGGCUACCAGUGGGGGAGGCUACAGGAAUCCUGCAGGAACCGAAUGGGACAUGGAGAUGCGGUGAAGGGAGGAGGAAAGGGAGGGGAGGGAGGCGCGGCAACAGGAGAGAGUCGGGUAUAGCCAACGGGCUUAUGGGCAAUGGGAACCAAAGGAUGGUACACUGGGAUAAACAGAUGGGAGAGUGGAGGACAGAAGCCGUGCAGGAUUUGGUGGAAGAAAAUGUGACGCACCAACCCCUUCGUCAUUAUGUGUUUUCUUUAUCUUGUGUCUGUCUUUUUCUGCCUCCCACCACGCAGUUUCUAAAGCUCGCUACAGCAAAUCAAAGCAUGUUACAGGAUGUCGUCACCACACGGAGAUGACUUGGUGUGUGUGCAUAUGUCCACAAUAUGCAGCAAGAGAUGGCGGCACUUUAAUCCAGAACGAGAGCGAUGACUUUCAAACAAUCAAAGCUAAAUGUUCGUGGAUUCACUGACUCGUUAUUACUGCUAACUACUACUGGCCAUGUCAGAUUCUGACACGUUGUUCUACUGAGCGCCCACGGUAGAUUUGAUUAUGUCAAUUGAGGAUUAUGCAAAUUACUGUUACAAAUCAUUUGCCUCAAGACUCAUUAUGCAACAGCAUUAGAGACACAGGCAUGCACAUACACCAACAGCCUCACCAAAAACCAAGUGCAGCAAUGCACGUCGGGGGGGGGGGAUCAUGCAGACCGAGUGAAGUUUUUAGUCAGGUGCCCUUACUCACGCAAAGUGAUUGUGACUUUAUUCUUUUGUUGCACUAUCUGCCUCCUGAGUUCAAAUGUAGAAUGUCACUCCACAGCUCGCUCCCCCGUUUCUUCAGUAAAACUCCUCAGACCCAUUGACCAGCUCGUCUCAUCUCAUGCCCAAGAAACUCACUUAUUAAAAAGAUAUUAGUGCAGAUAUUCACAUGAUCUCCCAUGUGACCGGGCAAAAAAUCCCCAAACCUUCAAGUUUACUGCAUCAGUAUUAUGCAUAAUUUAUUAACGAUACAAAAACACUUGGUUUACCUGAACACACUGCAAAUGAACGGACUCUCAAUUUGGAGUUUUUCUAUACUUCAGUUUGGAAGAAACAAAUUAUUUGUAUCUCAUAACCCUGAAUUAGCUUUUUUCAAAUCUCUGCACGCAAAUUUUGAAACAAGCUUUUUAUAAAGCCACAGUAACAGACAGGUGGCCUCAAAAUAUUAAUAUUUUCACUUCAGGCACGUGUCCUAUGUUUAACAGUAAUGUGUGUUAAGGUAGGGUUUACAAAACCACCACACUAAUUUGGUUUUUCCAUCAUUGCAUUCAGUGAGCCCUUACAUAAUCUUACUCAGAAGUUAGGGUGGUGAUUUUGAGUAUUUAAAUGUAGUAACAGAAGUUUUGCAGAGUUCAUUUAUUUUGUUCUUGUGUGUAUUUGAAGCAGCCCAAUCAUGACUGUUACUGAUGUCAUUAAUAAUAUAUAUAUAUAUAAAUUUUUUCAAUAGUGUACAUUCCUCCUCCCCUCGGGCUCCGUACCCCUCCCACUCAUCUCGCUUUAGUUAGCUCACUACUGAUCUUCAUGCAGGAAUAAAAAAACUGAAAAUCUACUACUAAAUAUUAGUAGCUUAGUCUAAUUGCGAUCUUUACUAAACCAAAUUGUUAAAACUCUUUAAUACCACUUAUUGUUCUUAAACAAUAUACCAAAUUUACUCAUUUUUGAGAACAAAUGUUGCUUAAAAUCUCUUCCCAAAUUUCUCAGCUUUUCAUCUCGUCCGUCAAAGCUAUUUAUUUAUUUAUGAGAAAAAAAGUGGAUGUUUUUAACGAUUGCUUGAAGCAGGUUUAUUUUCCUCUUGUACAAUGUUGAAAAUAUAUUUAUUAUUUCACUUGUUAAUGCCCUGUUUAAAAGAGAAAAAAUUUAAAAAAGUAUGUUUGACGUACUGCUCCUCAAGACACCUCGGCUGAGGUCGGUGCUUUGAGAAACCACCUCUCAUAAAGUCAGUCUCUACUGUAAAAUUUUAAAAAAGUACGCUGCUCCCAUUUCAUUCCAUUUAUAUCACCUUGUUGAUAUAAAGACAGACGCAACACUUGCAAACUGGAUUGUUUAUUCAAUUUUCAGAGUCAGGGCCUUUUUACUACACGUACUGUUUGCACAUAUAAUGGUGCCAAGAUGAUCGGGGUCAGAGUGACCCAUUCCCACUGACCUCAAACCCUCUUACGUCCUUAUACACCUUCAUCAUCAGUGUGAACCUUUGGUGUGUGGUUACCUGAGAACUUAACUGUUUUGUUCAAAAACAUUUAGGGCCUUAGUCUCUGAUAGCAUUGUUAGCUUUAGCCACAUUUAAGACCCCAUCUCUCUAUCUGUUACACUCAGGAUUUGACCAUUUUGUGUGAUGUCACUAAUGUCUAGUGUCUACCUGGAAUGAUACAAUUUACAAUGACAACCCUGACUAAAUAUUAUUGUGAGCACAAUUUUCAGUUUUCCUUAUCAGAAUGCAGUUCCAGUGAAGUCAGAUAAAGUGUUU